UCCAUUUCCGCCUUACUGGAGGAAGAAACAGGCCUGUUGUUCAACAUCACACAGUAUCAGUAUCAUAUCUGUUUCACGAAAGGAGUGUGGACCUGACCAGGAGGUUUCAUUAGGGUCAUCUGCAGCAAUCUCAACAAACAAAGGGGCCCCUAGAUAGGCAGAAGAUAAUGGCCAUGCAGGGCAUCCGAUCAUUGCUGCUGCUGUUGGCCUUGCUUGGCCCAUGGCUGGUGCAGCCCUCUUCUGGCCAGAGUCGGAAGUACCAACAGUUCCUGCGACAGCAUGUGGACCCUUACAGUGAAGGUGGUGACGCUACGUAUUGCAACCAGAUGAUGCACAGGAGGCGGAUGACUGUGCCAAAGUGCAAGCCCGUUAACACCUUCAUCCAUGAGGACAUUUGGAACAUCAACAGUAUCUGCCAUACCACUGAGAUCAAAUGCAAGAAUGGCAAAAUGAACUGCCAUGAAGGCAUCAUGAAGGUCACAGAUUGUAGAGUGACAGGUGGCUCAACUUCCCCAAACUGUAGAUACCGGGUCACGGCUGGAACCAGGCAUGUUGUCAUUGCCUGUGAGAAUUUAGAGCCUGUGCACUUCGAUGGCUAAGAUCCAUCCUGCUGGCUUUACCCUCAGCCAAAGUUCCCACUUUCUUAUUGUCUGCUAGUGAAAGAUGGGAGCUGUCCUGGGCCCUAUUCCCUAGAAUCCUCUGCUUAUUCUCCUAUAACUGGUCCAUGACUUCGUAUACUUGACCCUAAAGGAAGAGAAACAAAGUCUGCAAAAGAGCUGGGUUAUAUCCCCUAAUAAACCUCCUUGUAUAGUUGUGGAAGGGUUAAAUCUUCUUUUUCCUGUCCUCUUGACAGGAGAAAGGAUGAAUAGUGAUACCUUUAUAUAUAUAUGUCACAUCUUCCUUUCCAAAACAUUUUUUAACAUGUCAUUUCAUCGUGUGAUUGUCAUAAUACCCCCAAUAACACUAAUGUACCAGAGGUGUCAUAUACUAGGCCCAUGGGCCACAUGUAGCCUGUAACGCUCCUGAGUGUGGACGAAACUAGAUUAAAAUGUAAUUGGGAAAUGUUUAAUAAAAUAAAUAAAAAUACAAUCAAACAUA